GUAGGUCGAGCUUGGUUCAUUCUCAAAGCAAGCGCUACCUCAUCGGUCAUUACCGAAUUCCUGGAAUCGAAACAGCAAGAAACGGAUGCAAAUAGAUCAGUCGGUUUAUUCUCUUUCUUGAGAAAGAUAUUUUUUAUUUGAUGAAGGAUCCUUAAAACUUGGGUGUUUCAUUUUUUGUGGCACAAAUCUGUCGUGAAACAUUUAUACCUUCAGAUUAUUUCAUAAACAUGUAUAUAUUUUCCAUUCUCAUGCAUGCAUAUUUUUAUUUUGGGUAGCUGCGUCCUAUCGUGGACUUAGUGAGAAAAAUUUUAAUUUCUUGGUUGUUCAUCAGUAAAUGUUAGUGACUGGUAGAUCCAAACAAACAGUCAUAACUUUUCAGCUUAACCCUCAAUGUCAUCGUUAAAGGAUAAUACAUACUAUUUAUUUCAACUCCCAACUAUUCGACACUUAUUUAGUCGUAAAUGAGUAUAAAUGUUGGAUCGCUUCAUCGUCUUAGGGACAAUAGUCUUUUCCCAUGUAUUAUAGGAGUUACAAAGAAUGAAAUACUAUGGAAGAGUCAAAGUGGAUCAGAAUUCGGUACAGUAAUUAAACAGAUAAGUUUUAAAAACAUUAUUGGGACAACUUCCCUGUCAGAUGUCAAUGGCUUGAGGUGGCUCACUGACUUACCUGGGCCACUUCAGAAAAAGGAGGCUAGACAUUUAUAUGGAUUCACUAUCUGGAGUAUCACACAAGCAAAGAAGUACAGUUGGGGAGUCUGUUGCACUACGUUUUACUGUGUCUGCGACCAACAAGCAUCAGACUGGGUGGAAUUUUUGAAUAGCAGCGUGUGGAAAACGAAUCCUUUACGUCCGCGCAAUUUGUUGGUUUUCAUCAACCCUUUCAGUGGAACAAGGAAAUCACAACAGAUUUAUACUCACCAAGUUGCACCAUUAUUUUAUCUAGCCAAUAUUCAAACGAAAGUAAUUGUCACAACAUCUCGAGAUCAUGUGAGAGAUUAUCUUAUUGAAAACUCAUUGGAUUCUUAUGAUGGAGUAAUUUGUGUUGGUGGAGAUGGAUUUUUAACGGAAGCUGUUCAAGGUUUAUUGUUACGCGAAAGAUGCAAGUCCAGCCUUCCGUUAUUUUCAGGACAUAAACCUGGAGAAAUUGAAUUAAAAUCAACAAUACGACUUGGAGUUAUACCAGCAGGUUCAACAGAUGCUGCCUCAUAUUCUGUUCAUGGUACUAAUGAUGUUGUAACUGCGGCCCUUCACAUAAUUUUUGGUGAUGAUAUUAGCUUGGAUGUUGUCGCUGUGCAUGCGGAUGAUGAUGGGACAUUCAUUCGUUAUGUGCUAACAAUGUUAGGCUAUGGAUUUCAUGCUGACCUUUUGCGUAAUGAUGAUAAACGACGUUGGAUGGGUCCUCAAAGAUAUAACUAUUCCGGCUUCAAGACGUUUUUACAACAUGCAUCUUAUUAUGGUGAAAUAUCUUUUCUACCAUGUCCAGAUCCAAACAACCUAUCAUCUAACGGUAUUGUUUGUAACAGUGGAUGUUCUAUUUGUAAAUCAAAUAUUCAUCAUGAAACCGACAAUUCAUCAUUGUCGUCUAUUGACUAUUCACAGAAUAAAUUUAGGACAAAUCAAAAUGAAGCAGAAUUCGAUUUACAGUUGAAUUCAUCAGUACAGAAUAUUCAAGGCAGUAGUGAUUUAUCUAGUACAUUAUCUAGUACUGAAAGUGUAACUAAUUCACAAACCAUUAUUGAUCAGAAAUCAUUGGAUUCUGAUCUAGGUUUGAGUAUUUCAUCAAACACUAAUGUUCGUCAUUUGUGUACCGCUCAAUCACCUGAUUUAAUAUGUAAUAAAAAUUCCAGCGAAAAUUAUUUUAAUGCUGAUUCGUGCAAUAUUGUUUUGAAUGAACAAGAAAGUAUUUCUAACAUUAAAAUAAAACAAUCACAUGAUAAUCGAGCAUUGUCAAGUUGGAGUUCACGUAACUUAACAAAAAAUUGGCAUACUAUUUGUGGUACUUUUUUAGCAGUUAAUGCAUUUAUUCAAAGUUGUCGAUGUUCACGAGCUGUUUGUGGUCCUGCACCUUGGGCACAUUUAAGUGAUGGUUGUUUAGAUUUGGUUUUAGUGCAUAAAUGUUCAAAAGUUCAAUAUAUUCGUUAUCUUAUGAGUAUAGCAAAGAAUCGUCAUAUGACACCUGAAGAAAAUCCUUUUAAUUUUCCAUUUAUUAGUGUUAUGAAAGUAUGCGCUUUUCGAUUUGUUGCACAAACUCAAUCGACAUUAUCAGGAAAAUUCACUAAUCAUAAACAGAAUUGUUUAUGUUGUAAACCAAAUAAUUUACAAAUAAUUGACGAUGUUAAUGUAAAUAAUGAUGAUAAUAAUAAUUCAAUUAUUGACUCGUCUUCAUGUAUGAUGAAUUCUUAUCCUAUUGUAAAUCAAAAGAAAACAACGAUUUGGUGUUCUGAUGGCGAAUUAAUUCAAAAAUCUAGCAUAAUUUGCUUUGUUCAUCGUAAACUGAUACGAUUUUUUGGUCGUGGCCCAGAACAACACACUGAUUUAAAAGAUACAUUGGAUACAUCUGAUGAAAAACAAGAAUCCUAUAGGUUUUUAUUACAAUCCAUGAUGGAUGAUAUUUAUUCAAUUUACUAGUAUUUGUUGCAAUCAACUACAUCAUGUUUUUUUUUCUUUCUUUUAUAUAUAAUAAUCAUAAUAAUAUAUUUGUACACAUUGAAUUUCUAUUUUUCUUUUUUAUUUUCUUUCUUUCUAUUUUCAUAUUUUGUAAUUUUUAUCAUUUUUGUUUUCUGUCAAUUUGUUUUUGUUCUGUUUUACUCACAUAUCACUUUGAAUUGAAUUCAAUGCAUCAUGUGAUCAGUAAUUUUUUUUCUAUUGAAGUACAGUCUAUUCCUCUAAUUUUGUUUUUGUUUGCUGUUAUAUCUCGUCUGAAUUCUUUGAUACUGUUUUUUUUUUCAUAUUCCUCAGGUUCCAUAUGGUUUCUACCACUGAUGACGAUAUAACUGUUUUGAUUCUGCUCACUUAGAAACUGUCAGUCAUUAAUACCUUUUUUUUAUUGGAUAUGACUAAAGUGAUAUUAAAUUUUUGUUUGUAAUAAAUUUUCAUCUUUCAUACGCCUAGGUCGUGUCGUGUAUAUAUAUAUAUAUAUUUUCAGAAAAUAUUUAUUUCUUAAAACAAAGAGUUGAAAUCCAGUAAAAAAUAAAUAACCUUAAUCUGAUCCAAACUGUUACUUUGAAUUAAAACAUCAUUUCAAAUCUGCAAUAUUUUUUAAUUUUACGAGAAAAUCAAUGAUAUUUUUCCAUGUCUCCUGUUUUCAUUCAUUUAAUCAUCAGAAAGGAUUAUGUGAAAAUAAGGUGAUUGUCGCAAACGUCACAUUUAUCUGUGCAGUAAACGCCUUUGUUUAUUUGAAAACAAAUAAUUAACCACAGAAAAUAAAUUGUCAAAAUAACACUAUCGCAAUGCUUGUUUGAGUGUAUACUCACAGAAACAUCUGUAGCGCUUUCUUUGUAUAUAAAUCAAUGAUUAAGCAGUUUAUUUAAA